AUGUCCAAUCUCAACCUCCGCCCCGUCCAAGCCUCCUCCUCAUCUCCCAAACCAUUCCUCACCCCAUCUGUCCUCAAACCAUGGGACUUUACCUACCAAUCAUCACCUGAUGGGAAAGACAGGAACCUUCUCAUCAUGUUCCAUGGACUUGGCGACACAAAGACACCAUUCUUCAAUCUGGCAAAGCAGUUGAACCUGCCAUCUACUGCUGUCUUGUCACUAUCUGCUCCUGAUCCCAUCCCUCUGAUGGACCACCCUUCAUACUCCUGGUACCCCGCCUUCGACCCCUUCUUCAAUCCCCUCCCCCCAGCUUCCCAAAACCCAUCCAAACCACUCCCAUCACUCCGCUCCCUACUCGAGACAUUGAUCUCGCCAGAGAUCGGCUGGAAGCUGGAAGAUAUCCAUUUGUUCGGAUGGGGCCAGGGGGGUACGGUCGUCUUGGAGUUGGGCGUGGACGUCGGCAAGAAGGGCUUGAAAGGGAAGUCUGAUGAAGGCGAGGGAGAAGAGAGCGGAAGCAAGCGGCUGGGAAGUAUAGUCUCAGUCUGCGCGCCCCUCAUCACCCACCCUACAUCUCCUCUCAACAUCCCCACACCCGUCCUCGCUUUCACACGCCAACCGGCCCAAUCGGCUGUGCACCAAAAGUCGCUGAACACGCUGAAAAGGGCGUUCAGAGAGGUUGAAGUGGCUCAUGGGACGGGAGGAGGGGAGAGCAUGCCGAGAGGGAAAGAUGAGUGGUAUAGCGUGAUGAAAUUCUGGGGACAGGUAUUGGGCAAGGCCGAUGAGGGGUGGAAAGGCGAGGGAGAAGUGUACGAGGUCGUCAGAUAG